AUGACGAUAUCGCGAACUCAGAGCGCGGCAAGAAAAGGCGCACGAAAAGCUAAACGUCUCGGGCACAAGCUCGCGGAUGUUCAGUUCGGCAAGGAGAAGACCAUCUUUGCAGUUCACGAGGACCUGCUCUGCUCGAGUUCGAAAUAUUUCAAGAGCAAGUUGCAAAAGUCUCGCAAACCCGUUGAAGGCGACUGCUCAGUCUGUACCGAGGAUGUCGCCGGCUUCACACAGAUAUCGUACUUGCAAUUCCUUCUCGAUCUCACACAGAAGUUGCUAUCAACUCGGCCGGCCGAAGGAGUGGACAUGGAUGAAACUCUGGCUGAGCACCUGUCGCUCAGCGAGGAAGAGCAGGAGGUCUCUGAAGACUGA